AUGACACAAAGCUGCCGUGGGAUUGUCGCAUAUCCGCCGUUAGAAAAUGGCAAACUUGACUUCCGGCUGGAGGAGCUCUCGAUCCGUGACAUUGAAGACGAUGAAUGCUUAGUUGAGCUGGUGGCUACUGGACUCUGUCACACCGAUCUGGGGGUUGCCGCACGGCCGGAUGCCACCUUCCCGAGAGUUCUAGGCCAUGAAGGUGCCGGAUACCUGAGAAAGAUUGGUAGCAAGGUGAACCGUUCACCAAUGAAUCUCCAGGAAGGGGACCCUGUGCUCCUGUCAUUUGCUUUUUGCAAUACAUGUUCAAGUUGCCGGUCUGGACAUCCAUCAUAUUGCCGAUCGGCUCUGAAGGUAAACUUUGCUCACCCGGGACGAGACACCUACAGAUUGGAAGGGAAGGAUAAGACGGUAGUUGGUGGUUUCUUCGGCCAGUCCAGUAUGGGAAGUCUAGCCGUUGUGGAUAUCAGCUGCAUUGUCAGCUUAGCUGGCGUCGUGAAAAGUCGUGACGAACUGAAAUUGUUCGCUCCGUUCGCAUGUGGGUUCCAAACUGGGGCUGGCACCGUUGAGAACCUUGGCAAAGCUAUGCCUAGUGAUUCGGUAGCUAUAAUCGGCGUCGGAGGAGUAGGGCUUACUGGUAUUAUGGCUGCGAAAAUCAUUGGUUGCAAGAAGAUUAUUGCGAUCGAUAGAAUUUCUGAUCGACUUUCCCUGGCACGAGAUUUAGGUGCAACCCAUGUGAUCGACAGUAGUGCGCUUGUGGGCAACCUAGAAGACGCCGUUCGAAGCAUCACAGAUGACCUUGGUUCUUCUUUAACAAUUGAUACUACUGGCAACCUUUCAGUCAUUCAGUCAGCACUUAAUAUGACGAGUAUAAUGGGAAGAAUGAUUUUGUUGGGAAUGUCGAGAGAGUCACUGAAUAUCGAUCUAACGAAGUUCAAACUGUCAGGGCAAGUUCUCCUCGGCAGUGUCCAAGGCGAUGUGAUUCCAUCACAGUUUAUUGCGCAAAUGAUCAAGUGGUACAGAGCUGGUAAUUUCCCGAUUGAAAAGCUGGUUCACUUUUAUGAGGCGAAGGAAUUUGAUACUGCUGUAGCCGAUAUGAAAAGUGGGAAAACCGUGAAACCUGUCAUCCUAUGGUAA